UCAUCAACCCUUUUAUCCUUCUCUCUCUCUCUCUCUCUCUUCGCCGAACCCAUUCGCUUCUUCACUCUCAGACCUAAAUUCGAAGGGCCACUUUUCUCACUUUCCGUUCCUCUUGUGAUUUUCGAUCACUUUCAGAUCUCAAUUGCAAUCCAGGCCUUGCCGAUCAUCAUUUCGCACUGCAGAUCUCGAUUUUCCUCUGCGCGAUCCCUCUCCAUUUCACUUUAAUUCCGAAUUUUGCUGAUCUUGGAUUCCCUCCCUCCACUCCUCAUUUUCAUGUUCUUCUUCGGAUCGCAAUUCUCCCCUCAUACGUGUGUAAACAGAUCUUGAAAAUUGGCGCCCCAAAGACGGUCGCAGCGCCACAUGGGUGGCCAGAUGCAGCAGAACAAUGCUGCAGCCACCGCUCUGUACGACCACGCCGCCGGUGGUUCCCUGCACAAUGCGGCAGGACCUGCCACCGAUGCAGGCGAUGCCGUUAUGGCAAGGUGGCUGCAGUCCGCCGGCCUGCAGCAUCUGGCCUCUCCCUUGGCCUCCACAACCGCUAUCGACCAACGCCUCCUCCCCAACCUCCUCAUGCAGGGUUAUGGGGCACAAUCCGCAGAAGAGAAGCAGAGGCUUUUCAAGUUGAUGAGAAACCUCAAUUUUAAUGGGGAGUCUGGUUCAGAGCCAUAUACACCCACUGCACAAAGCUUUGGUGGAGUGGCUGCAUCGGAAGGGUUUUAUUCUCCCGAGUUCCGGGGGGAUUUUGGAGCUGGGCUUUUGGAUCUUCAUGCUAUGGAUGAUACAGAGCUUCUGUCCGAGCAUGUUAUUUCAGAACCCUUUGAGCCAUCUCCCUUCAUGGCUGGAGGUACCAGAGUAUUUGAAGAUGACUUAAAUCCAAUUACCAGCAAUCAGGAACGUGGAGAGGCAGAUGCUGAUGCAUCAAGUUUUCUACCUGUAAAUGAAAAGGAGAAUAGUACAAGAGAAAAUAAUGUUGCUAAGAUCAAAGUUGUGGUACGCAAAAGACCUUUGAAUAAGAAGGAGCUUGCUAAGAAGGAGGAUGAUAUUGUAACUGUAUAUGACAAUGCAUAUUUGACAGUCCAUGAACCCAAGUUGAAGGUUGAUUUGACAGCUUAUGUGGAGAAGCAUGAGUUUUGUUUUGAUGCUGUUCUUGAUGAGAAUGUUAGCAAUGAUGAAGUAUAUCGAGUUACAGUUGAGCCAAUUAUUCCUACAAUUUUUCGGAGGACCAAAGCUACCUGCUUUGCAUAUGGUCAGACAGGUAGUGGCAAAACAUACACAAUGCAACCUUUACCACUCCGAGCUGCCGAAGACCUUGUUAGACAGUUGCAUCAACCAGUUUACCGAAAUCAGAAAUUUAAAUUGUGGCUUAGCUACUUUGAAAUAUAUGGUGGAAAGCUUUUUGAUCUUCUGAGUGACAGAAAGAAACUCUGCAUGAGAGAAGAUGGACGUCAGCAAGUUUGUAUUGUAGGACUGCAAGAAUUUGAAGUUUCUGAUGUACAGAUUGUCAAAGAAUUCAUUGAAAGGGGAAAUGCCGCAAGAAGUACCGGAUCAACAGGUGCUAAUGAGGAGUCCUCCAGAUCACAUGCUAUCUUACAACUAGUUGUAAAGAGGCAUAAUGAGGUAAAAGAAAGCAGGCGGAAUAAUAACAAUGAUGGGAAUGAGAUGAAAAGUGGGAAGGUUGUAGGGAAGAUUUCUUUCAUCGAUCUUGCUGGAAGUGAAAGAGGUGCUGACACUACAGAUAAUGACCGUCAGACACGGAUUGAAGGAGCAGAAAUCAAUAAGAGCCUUUUAGCUUUGAAGGAAUGCAUUCGUGCUUUGGACAAUGACCAGAUCCAUAUUCCUUUUCGUGGAAGCAAACUGACAGAAGUGCUCCGCGACUCAUUUGUUGGCAAUUCAAAGACUGUUAUGAUCUCCUGUAUAUCACCAAAUGCUGGGUCAUGUGAACACACACUUAAUACAUUAAGAUAUGCAGAUCGUGUGAAAAGUCUAUCUAAAAGUGGAAAUCCUAGGAAAGACCAAGCCCCAAGUCCAGUUCCACAAACAACUAAGGAGGUCUCAUCCACAUCAUCCUUUCCAGCUAGUGUUGCUGCAGAGGAAGUUAAUGAUCAACGUCAAGAGGUGAAGACAGUUGAUACGGGCAGGAGAGUGGUUGAAAAGGAAAAUUCAUUUUACAGCUCUGCUGCCGCUGAUGUUGACAGGCAACCAUCAAGUUUUUCUUCAAGUAACUUGUUCAAUGGGCGAGAGGACAAAAGCUUGGCUUCUGUCUCAACAGACAGGGAGAGGGUUGAACUGAAGAGUUCUUCUUACAGUGAUUCUACCAGUCAAAAGAUGAACUCUAAUUCCCAAAAUGACGUGAAUCAGAAAGUGCAAAAGGUGUCACCCCCACGCAGGAAAGGGACAAAGGAUGAGAAAUCUGAAAGGGCUGUAAACUGGAUGAAAAGGGAUGCCAAUGGUUCUGAUCAGUCGACCACAAGCUCCAAGCAGCAGAAUUCCGGGAAUUAUAAUACAGUUACAACUGCACCCAGGCAGUCUGAAACAGAAGCCUCUCCUGAUGGAAAUAUCAAUGCAAUACUUGAGGAAGAAGAAGCACUGCUUGCUGCUCAUAGGAAAGAAAUCGAGGAUACAAUGGAGAUAGUACGCGAAGAGAUGAAAUUAUUGGCAGAAGUGGAUCAGCCAGGAAGCCUUAUUGACAACUAUGUAACCCAGCUGAGUUUUGUUCUCUCUCGCAAAGCAGCUAGUCUCGUCAGUCUUCAAGCCCGGCUCGCAAGAUUCCAACAUCGACUAAAAGAACAGGAGAUACUAAGUAGAAAAAGAGUACCUCGUUGAGAGACCUGGUUUUAUUCAAUGAUGAUCAUGUGUAUGUUCUUGAUGUAAUUUGUUAGCAAAUAUAUAGUUUAAAGGUUUUUGUUCAUUUGAUAUCAGCGGAUCUUUCGUUGGAUAUUCAAAUUUAAUUCACUUAAAUGUAUAUUUGUCUCCUUGUGUGAUGUUACUUCGA